AUGAAGAUUCUUCUUCUGUCUCCCGUAGUCUUUGCACACAUGAUCAACCUGGUUAUUCUUUACGAGAAAACCGGACUGAAGGAGGUCAAGGAAAUGUACCAUUAUGUAGUCGAGAGGCUGCUGGAUAAAUUCAACGAACAUCUCCAGCGCCGAGGAAUAAGAAUUAGCCUUCUGGACUUCCUGGCAUAUGACGAUUAUCUGGUCAAGCCCGGAUACCAAGACAUAUCAAUAAUGGGUGGAGAGGAGAGCCUUGACGCGAGAGUCGAAGCACUGAGCGGAAUCCCGGCCAACGUCAUUCUCAUUGCCUCGGCCAGCCCUGAGGAGGAGCGAGAAAAGUUUGUGCCCAACUCGCCAUGCAUGAGCAGGUUUAUUAGCAACAUGGUUUCCAAUGACAUCAUUGAUGACGAGCUGCUGACAAAGAUAAUAUAUGCAGUUCUCGAUUGGAUGAGAAACCUCUUUAGGGCAGAGGUUCCAAAUCCCGUCAAGGAAAGAAGUCCGGAGAUUUUCGAUAGGUUUGCAAAGGAUGCUAGCACGCCGGAGUUUAUAGAGAGCCUGAAACAAUGCACAAAAGAAACAAAGGAGAAAUUCGAGAAGUUCAUCAGGAUGCUGAACUGGGACGAAGAGAAAAUGUUCAAUCUGAGGAUAAUGUCUGGGCAGCAGGAUACCGGAAAGCAGGGCGAUGGAGUUGAGAUAUCAAGCCCCCUGAAGUGGGUUCUCUCCAAGUCAGAAAAGAAGCCCGAGGACGCCAGCUCUGAACAGCAGUGCCUGGAAGAAAGCAAGGUAAGGAAGGAACACUCCGAGUCGUCCUCUGAAGGGGAGAGCUCUUCAGAACAUGAAGCCCCCAAGAAAAGACUGCCAAGGGCAUCUAAGUUGAAAGAAGUAUCUUCCAGAAAGGCAAGGAAAACGCUGUCAAAAAAGACAAGCUCAAACGAUUUCUCAGACCUGACAGAAUCUGAAAAGGAGGAAAGGGGUAGAGAACACGAGAAGAGCAAAAAUAAUGGUACAGCGGAAUACCCAGACAAAAAUACUAGCUCCCACGAUGGUCAGAAGCUAAGGGAAGAUGAAGAAACGCUGAUGACAGAAAAAAUUAGAGAGGAGCUGCAGAGGAUUAUUUCGCACGAAUCUCGUAAUCUAAGAAAGAGGCCUGACGAUUCGUUAGCACAGACCAGAACUUCCUAUGAUGACGAAAGAGAAACAAGAAGUGGCCCUUCGAAAAUCUUAUUUUCAAGUAGAGCAAUUCCAUCAAAAGGUACAUCAAGAACAAACAGAGGCCUGUCAUAUGGAAGGAUCCCGUAUAGAGGAGGCUAG